AUGAGAGAGGAUGGCGUACUGUGUUGCGAGCCAGAGUUCUGGGUGUUUCUAGUCAUAUGUUUGGCUCUAGUGAUAUUUGCUGGCAUCACUUCGGGGCUCGCUUUGGGACUCCUCUCUUUUAGCCAAGUUGAUCUCGAGGUCCUCAUUAAGGCUGGUCAGCCUCAAGAGAGGAAAAAUGCAGCCAGGAUUUUACCGCUUGUAAAGAACGAGCAUUUGCUUUUGUGCACCCUUCUUGUGGGAAAAUCACUGGCAAUGGAGGCACUUCCCAUUUUCCUGGAUUCGAUUCUCCCAUCAUGGGCCGCGAUUCUAAUGUCGGUCACCCUAGUGCUUGCCUUUGCAGAGAUCAUCCCACAGGCUGUGUGUUCUCGGUAUGGACUCAGUCUUGGCGCUAGAUUAUCAGUUUUUGUUCGGUUGCUUCUCUUGGUCUUCCUCCCUAUAUCAUACCCAAUAAGCAAGAUGUUGGACUGGCUUCUCGGGAGGGCACAUUCGGCCUUAUAUAGGCGAGCAGAGCUGAAGACUUUGGUGGAUCUGCAUGCAAACAAGGCAGGAAAAGGAGGAGACUUGUCGCAUCAUGAAACAAGCAUAAUCACGGGUGCUUUGGACUUGACACAGAAAACUGCAAAAGAUGCAAUGACUCCAAUAUCUGAAAUAUUUGCACUUGAUAUAAAUUCCAAACUCGACUUGCACACGAUGGGUCUCAUUAUGAGUAAAGGCCACAGCAGGAUACCUGUCUACUCGGGGACCCUAACAAAUAUAAUCGGCUUAAUACUGGUGAAAAAUUUGAUCUUCUGUCGCCCCGAAGACAAGACCCCAAUCAAGUUUAUGACUAUCAGGAGGAUUCCCAGGUAG